AGUAGUUCAGCUUGGCGAAGCUAGUCGGUUAGCUACGUUGAUCGAGGAAGUUGACUAGCCACCUUGCUAACUCGGCGACAAAUGUAUUACUGGACCAAGGGUCGCCUCAAACGUUAUUAGUCGAUUUAAAGAGACACAAAACAGGCGGGUGAUGCUGAUUUUUAAAACUGGCGUGUACAAAGACAAAUAGUGCGAUUUUAACCAAAACUAGCUAACGUCAAUUGGCUUACCGUUAGCUAGUGAGUCGGAGCUUGUAAACAAAGAGUCCCGAGCUCCACCUGUCCUCAGCAACGUUACACAUCGGGUUACACUUAACCGACUGUUUCACGUACAUCGUUGCCUUUUUAUUAGCAUUGAACCAACUCUCAGAGAUGGAUUUAAAGACAGCAGUGUUUAACGCAGCAAGGGACGGUAAACUCCGGCUGCUUCAGAAACUGUUAGAGAACAAAGAUGGACACGAGGUGACCAAGUUGAUGGGCGAGAAGACAAACGGGGCCACCCCGCUCCUGAUGGCGUCCAGGUACGGUCACCUGGACCUGGUAGAGUAUCUGCUGGAGUGCUGCAGCGCUCCCGUUGAGGUCGGUGGGUCCGUGAACUUUGACGGGGAGACCAUCGAGGGAGCGCCUCCCCUUUGGGCAGCCUCUGCGGCGGGUCACCUGAAGGUGGUCCAGUCCUUGCUGGGCCACGGAGCAUCUGUGAACAGCACCACCCUGACCAACUCUACACCACUGAGGGCAGCUUGCUUUGACGGCCACCUGGACAUUGUGAAAUACCUGGUGGAGCACAAAGCUGACCUGGAGGUGGCCAACAGACACGGCCACACGUGUCUCAUGAUUUCCUGCUACAAAGGACACAAGGAGAUAGCACAGUAUCUCUUGGAGAGAGGCGCAGACGUCAACAGGAAAAGUGUAAAAGGAAACACAGCACUUCAUGACUGUGCAGAGUCGGGCAGUCUGGAGAUCAUGCGGAUGUUACUGCAGUUUGGAGCAUCCAUGGAGCAGGACGGCUAUGGCAUGACGCCUCUGCUCUCUGCCAGCGUCACAGGACACACUAACAUUGUGGAUGACCUGACGACACAUCCGCAGACAAGCCACACAGAGCGCGUCGAUGCCCUGGAGCUCUUGGGUGCCACAUUUGUUGACAAGAAGAGAGACCUGCUCGGAGCUUUGAAAUACUGGAAAAGAGCCAUGGACCUCAGGUACAUGGACAGUAACAACAUUGUCCAUAAACCAGAACCCAAGCAGCUAAUCAUGGCAUAUGACUACGCCAGGGAGGUAACAAAUGGAGAAGAGCUGGACGGGCUGAUAUCUGACCCGGAUGAGAUGCGCAUGCAGGCACUGCUCAUCCGUGAAAGAAUCCUCGGCCCACAACAUCCAGACACGUCUUAUUACAUCCGUUACAGAGGCGCCGUCUACGCUGACUCUGGGAACUUUGAGCGCUGUAUCAAUCUGUGGAAGUAUGCAUUGGACAUGCAGCAGAGCAACCUGGACCCCCUCAGCCCCAUGACAGCCUCCAGCCUGCUGUCAUUCGCUGAACUCUUCUCCUUCAUGCUGCAGGACAGAGCCAAAGGGCUUCUGGGGACAUCGGUGUCAUUUGAGGACUUGAUGGGGAUCCUUUCCAAGAGCGUGUUGGAGAUUGAGCGGGCCGUUAAACAAAAUGGACCGAUGCCUCCUGACCCUGCACAGCUCAGCAAAGCCCUGUCAAUCAUCCUGCACCUUAUUUGUCUCUUAGAGAAGGUGCCUUGUACUGCAGAACAGGACCACUUUAAGAAGGAAACCAUCUACAAGUUCCUGAAGCUCCAGCCGUGUGGUAAGAAUGGCUACAGUCCACUACACCUGGCAGUCGACCGCAACACCACCUGUGUGGGCCGCUAUCCCGUCUGCAAGUUCCCCUCCCUCACAGUCGCCUCCAUCCUUCUUGAGUGCGGGGCAGAUGUGAACAGCCGUGAUGAAGAUGACAACAGCCCCCUUCACAUAGCUGCAUCCAACGGUCACCCUGACAUCAUGAACCUGCUGAUAUCAUGCGGGACUCACUUUGACAGCACCAACGCCUUCCAACAAACGGCCUGCGACCUCCUGGACGAGAAGGAGCUGUCCAGGAAUGUAAUCCAGCCCAUUAACCACACCACGCUGCAGUGCCUGGCCGCCAGGGCCAUCGUCAAGCACAGCCUCGAUUACCGGGGAAACAUCCCCGAGAAACUAGAGGCCUUUGUCUUGCUCCACAGAUAAUAAUCGUGAAGAAGGGGAGUGGAUGGAUGAAAAGAGGAGAGGGUGUGAUCACAUCAAGUGGACUGAACAGUCUGAGGAGCAUUUUAGUUCAAAGCCUGACCCACAAAGUGUUUGAGGAGCAGAAGGACACAAUUUUGUGGGCGAGGUUUGCAAACUAUUUGGAGUAUGAACUUGAAUAUUCGUGUGGACAAAAAUGUCUUCAUUCAACCAGAAUAAACUGAAAAAUAAGUAAACGGGGGAAUGAGUUACCAUUUUCUUCCUCUGUUUGCUCUCAUGGAGCCACAGCUCUCAGAUCUGUGGGGAUGUAUUACGAGCAGAUUGCAACAUGGACAAACAUAGUUGUAUCUCUGGAUGAACUGAGCACGGGGUUUACAUAUUUUUGCUUUAGAAAAAUUUGACUUUUUUUUUUUUUUGCAUAAUCCACUAUGCUAUUUAUUGAAUGAAACUUGAGAGAUUUUUCUCCAUGCUGGCUUCAACCCAGCCUCAACUUUGCCUGCUCCUCUCUUCUCAAAACAAAGAUUGAGGCAUUUCUACAUAUGCUGGGACUUCAGGUUAUUUUUUUGUUCGUCCCAUCACUGUUGCCAACAGUCAUGGACCCUUCCUCAGUUACUCUUAGGUUACUCUUUUUUUGUACUUUUACAAAACAUUUAGUUAUUGUCAUGCAACUCUGGAUAUCUGCCAAGUAGUGUGGAUUCUAGACUCAUUUGUCGUUCCCUCUUUAGUGUAUAACAAAGCUUUACAAGAAGGGUUUAAUGUCUGCGAACACCAUAAGUGCUUUAUUCUUCCUAUGCACAGGCUAGGCUGUUGGAAAGAGAGACUGUUGUAUUCUGUGCCGGCACUCGUCUGUGCAAUAUCUCAUGAGUUUUUGUGUUUACCUCAUUGCUGCCGUUUCCUUCAGUAUCCCCUCCCUUCACUCAGAGAAGGAAGGGGAUACAAAACCAUUGUACUGAUUGUUGUAAGAAGAGCGAAUGAAUUGGAGUGUAUGUGUGUGUGAGUGCCACAGUGUGUUUCUUGUAUGCCGAGUGUUUUUUUUUGAGCUUACACAAAUUAUUGAGGACAAGAGUCUGGUGAAGUGGCACUCAUGGAGAUUCCAUAAUGCACAUGACUGCCACUCCGACCCACAACGGCCAAACUCGGUGUCUACAACAGCUGGAGUGUGCAGGCUUGUGCACAGAAGUGACCUCUUAAUGUGUUACAUGGCUGACCUUUGAAAUGCCAUCGUUCUUUUAAUAAUCAUGAUCAAAAAGGAAAAAAAAAAUCUAGGGUUGGCUACCAACAUUGGCCCACUGUGCAUGUGCAGCAGCAGCAGCAUAUCAGCCAACCGGUCACUGCAGAGAACCUUUCAUGAGAACUCCUAGACUCCAAACUAGACGACAGCUAGGAUAGUUCUGCUGGUUUUUUACAACCGUCAUCCAAUUGUAUGAGAACUGAAGACAGCGGGAGGGCGCCUUGACUUACAGAAUAGUAAAGCUUUGUGAAUUAUCUUGUUUGCACAUUAGCUUUUAGAUGUGUGGGUUGAAAAAAGGGCUUUUCAUAAUUCAUAGGAUUUCAUAUUGCAGUCUAUUUAACCUGACAGUUCAAAACCAGACAUAGAAAAUGUAUGAUGACUCCCAGGGCAACUUGAUUUGAAUCUGCACUUUACUACAGCGGAGUUUAAGAUUUGAUAUGGCAUUAAUCAAGUUCAUGUCUUAAUAACCAGUUUGACAAUAAACCCAUGUUGCACUUGU